AUGGCCCUCAACGGCAGGAACCUUGUCCUCACCGCCACGAACCUUGUCCUCACCGCCAGGAACCUUGUCUUCACCUCCAGGAACCUUGUCCUCACCGCCAGGAACCUUUUCCUCACCGCCAGGAACCCUGUCCUCACCAACGCUGAGGACAAGGUUGCUGACGCUGAGGACAAGGUUGCUGACGCUGAGGACAAGGUUGCUGCCGUCAAGGUUCCUGGCGGUGAGGACAGGGUUCCUGGCGGUGAGGUUUUUUGCCGACUUAUGAAAAAUGGCAUAAGUCGCUUUUUUUCCCAUUUAUGAAAAAUGGCAAAAGUCCCUAAAAAUGGACGAAAAGUUAAGGCUAUAGCCUUACUUUUUUGCUGUUUUUUGACCACUUAUGAAAAAUGGAAAAAGUCGCUAAAAAUGGACGAAAAGUUAAGGCCAAAGCUUUAAUUUUUUCCUGUUUUUUGCCCAUUUACAAAAAAUGGAAAAAGUCGCUAAAAAUGGACGAAUAGUUAGAGGGUGGGAAAGGGUAUUUUCGUGAGCCGUGAAUGGUGAAUAUUUGUUCGUGUGAAAUGCUCGAUUUUAGUGUCGCGAAAUGUCAUUUGAUCUACAGCCGUGAGGCGUAAUUGUUGAUAAAAAUGCUCCGUGAAAUGAGAAUUAAGGAUGUCUGUUUCGUGAACUGUGAUUAUUAUAGUGAUUAUUAUAAUAAACAUGAUAUGCGAUAAUCAAACUUAUAUGAUAUCACUCGAUUGCACAAGAGUAAAAACUUCGGAGGCCUUUCGCGAGGUUCCUGACUAGAACCUGAGGUUCCUGGCGGUGAGGACAAGGUUCCUGGCGGUGAGGACAAGGUUCCUGGCGGUGAGGACAAGGUUCCUGACGGUGAGGACAAGGUUCCUGGUGGUGAGGACAGGGUUCCUGGCGGUGAGGAAAAGGUUCCUGGCGGUGAGGACAAGGUUCCUGGAGGUGAAGACAAGGUUCCUGGCGGUGAGGACAAGGUUCGUGGCGGUGAGGACAAGGUUCCUGCCGUUGAGGGCAAGGUUCCUGAUGGUGAGGAGAAGGUUCCUGGCGGCGAGGACAAGGUUCCUGGCGGCGAGGACAAGGUUCCUGGCGGUGAGGACAAGGUUCCUGGGCUAAGGACAAGGUUCCUGGCGCUAAGGACAAGGUUCCUGGCG